AUGUCAAUGUCGAUUGCAACAGGAAUAUACGAUCCAUGCAAAGAUGGUCCAAAUCGGGAAGCUAUUCCGGUUUCAGUUUUUAAACCUGAAGAUUUAAAAAAAUACAGGAAGAAAUCACCUGCGCCGUCAGAUACACAAGUUGAAGCCACUUUGUCCACAUCUUCCGCACAAGACAGUGAGGUACCAGUGACGUCAACUGAGCAACAAAUUAACAUAGUUUCUACCUCACAUCCACAAGUUCUAUUAAAUGAACAGCCGAGUACAUCCAAGGCUUUUUUUAAUGUACCAACAGAAACACAAAACCAUGAAGAUGAACAACCGAACACGUACACAAAUGAACCAACAAAUCUCAGGAAUGAUGAAAACUCAAAAGAGUUGGAAACACCGAUACGAAAAAGUUUUGAAGACGUUCUUCUAGAUUUAUUCAAGAAAGACACAAAAGCAAACCCGGAACGAAAACGCAAGAGUCACCAGCCUAAUUGUGAGAUAAUAACAACAGCGGGAUAUUUGCAGAAGAAGGAACAAGUCGAACUUGAGAAACAAGAAAAUUUGAGGAAGAAGAAACAGAAACAGGUCGAAAGAGGAACUAGAAAAAAACAGAAGAAUCUUAAGAAAAGGAAAACAAAUUCUGAGAAGAAGAAUGAAGAACAUUCAAGUAAUGAGGAAAGUAAUUAUUCUUUAUGUGAAAGUGAUGAUAGCUUGGAGUUGUCCGACUCCGAGAAAGAAACCAACGCGGACAAUUUGAGUCCUGAUGAUUUUGCUGUGUUUAAAGUUUUUGGAAGUGAUAAGGUUUCUUUUCGAUUGUAUGUUGGAAGAAUUCAAGAAGCUGAUGACAAUGGUUAUCAAGUAAAAUUUUUCAAAAGACGUGGCCACAAUAUGCAAUUUACUGAAACAGAAGAAGAGUCGUAUGUUCAACAAAGUGAACUUUGUAGAAAAUUAUCAGAGCCUCUAAAACACACCUCAUCGCGCUACAAUGAUAUGUUGCAUUUUAGUACCUAUUUGAAAGAUUUAACGAAUCUGUUAAAUUAA